AUGAAUCGUGCCCUUUCCGUCCGGUCCCGCAAGAAGGACGACCACGCCAAAGAAGCCUCAAAACACACCUUCUCUAUCUCGACUCUCCGAGGCUAUCAGCAAGCUGAGCUCUCCAAGAAGCUCUUUAGGCUAAUCAAGACCGAGAACCAUGCCAUUGGAGCCUACGAGACCGCGGGCCGCGAGCGCCUGUCCAUCGCAUCCCAGCUGUCCGACUGGGGCGAGUCCACCAACGAUGACUCCAUUUCGGAUAUUUCGGACAAGGUCGGGGUCAUCCUCUCUGAGAUAGGAGAACAAGAGGAUCUCUUUGCACAGAACCUCGAGGACUACCGGGCCAUUCUGAAGCAGAUCAGGAACAUCGAGAGCAGCGUGCAGCCAAGCAGAGACCAGAAGACCAAGAUCAGCGAUGAGAUCCAGAAGCUCAAGUACAAGGAGCCCUCCAGCCCCAAAGUCGUCACCCUAGAGCAAGAACUCGUGCGCGCUGAGGCGCAGAAUCUGGUUGCUGAAGCCCAGCUCACCAACAUUACUCGUCGAAAGAUCAAAGAAGCAUAUGAUGUGCACUUUGCGGCCACCAUCGAGAGAGCCGAGAAACAGAUCAUUCUGGCCAAACAUGGCCGACGCCUUCUGAACUUGCUUGACGACACUCCUGUGGUACCAGGAGACGUGCGCCAGCCUUUCGCCCACGUCAAUGAAGCCCGACAGGUCCUCAUCGACGCCGAACAGGAAUUGCAGGCGUGGCAACCCAACCUCGAACCCAUCCAGUCGAACGCAGGCGGGCUUGGGUCAAACUUGGUGCCCAUGGCCGACGAGGCCAGUACGCAGACCACAUCCGAAAUGGUUGCCGUCCCAGAAGUUGCUGCGACCGAUCCCCCAGCGGCAGAAGCCAAAGGCACCCACCUGGACUCUGCGACCGCUUAG